AUGGCCCCCCAUGGCUCAAACAGGGCGAUUUGCUGUAGGGAUAGCCAUUGGGUGGUAGCCAGGAGGAGUCUGAGGGGCGUUGAGGGCGAGCUGGGGGCACAUUUGCAGCUUGCACGAGGACGCGUGGGCAUGGGCGAUUGCGUGACGUCUUUUAGCCCUCUUCAUGACCCAAGGCCUGGCGCCCGACAACGCCCAUUGAGUCGGGAGCAGACGGGGCUGGCCCUUCUUCGGACAGGUGAAUGCAGCGCAGAGCAAAAGAGCAUGCCGCAAGUGAGUAAUCGUUGGCUCAUCUCGUCAUCAGUCGAACAAUUUGGCCGCCGUCAGACAUGGGUGGUGGGACCCCUAAAGUAG